GAAUGGCCUCUGUUGUUACAGUGAAGACAGAGAAGCGUCCUUCCCAUGACUCUGACGAUGGCGACACAGUGGCUAAGAAGGCCAGGAAGCUGUUGCCCAGCCUGAAGACGAAGCGUGCUCCUGAGCUGGUGCUGGUGAUCGGCACGGGGGUGAGUUCAGCCGUAGCUCCUCAGGUGCCCACGCUGCGCUCCUGGAAAGGUCUGAUCCAGGCGCUGCUCGAUGCUGCCAAUGACUUUGAUCUGCUUGAGGAGGAAGAGAGCCGCCGCUUCCAGAAAAGUCUGCAAGAGGACAAGAACCUGGUGCAUGUUGCUCAUGACCUUAUCCAGAAACUUUCACCGCGCACGGGAAAUGUUCGCUCCACCUUUUUUAAAGACUGCCUCUACGAGGUGUUUGAUGACCUGGAGAGUAAGAUGGAGAACGCUGGGAAGCAUCUGCUUCGCUCCGUGCUGCAGUUGAUGGAGAGUGGCGCUCUGGUCCUCACCACCAACUUUGACAAUCUGCUAGAGAUCUACGCUGCCCACCAAGGGACCAAGCUGGAGUCUCUGGAUCUCACAGAUGAGAAGAAGGUUCUGGAGUGGGCUCAGGAGAAGAGAAGACUGAGCGUGCUUCAUAUUAAUGGUGUUUACACCAACCCCAGCGGCAUUGUGCUGCAUCCUGCUGGCUACCAGAAUGUUCUGAGGAACACAGAAGUCAUGGUGAGUGACUGUUUUCUGCUCUCACCGAGGUGGAGGACACUGUGAACCAAAGCAUUCUGGGCGGAAGAGAUUCUCCAGUCCUUGAAAUAAUUCACCCAAAUAAGACAUGUUAUGACAGCAUUAUAUAAAGUUUAUAUGAUGUUGAUAAAAACAGAAUAACAAUUUAUUAUGUAAUGAUGAUCUAUUUAUGA